AUGGACAUUGACACAUGGUUCACUUGCAGUGAAACAAUCAACAAGACAUGCUGGGACAAACGAGUACAGGAACUGAACAAAAAUGACGCACUCGUCAACGCACCCAUAAUUUUGAUGAUGAUUUUGUUCAUGGUAGUUGGUCUCACGGGUAAUACACUUGUGUUGUUUGUGUACGGAAAACGGGGUAAUAAGACGUCGGCGAUACUUUUUAUACUGCUGCUCGCUAUUAUGGAUUUGAUUGCCUGCGCUAUUCUCCACCCUUACGUGUUGUAUAAAUUAUUUCAUCCACACAACCAAACAUGGGAGAUCACGUGCAAACUUUUCGAGUUCUUUAUUCACUGGAAUCUGUCUUUAUCUGGACUUUCCCUUCUUCUUAUUGCAAUCGACCGGUAUUUGGCCAUAUGCCAUCCAUUGAAAUACCUUAAGUUUGAUGAUCACGAGGACACACACAUUAAAAGAGUACUCGGUAGUUUUAUUCACCAUUUAUUUUACCUCAACAACGCUGCGAACCCUAUAAUUUAUACCAUCAUAAAUAGAAACUUUCGAAAUGAAUGGUAA